AGAAGUAACCAUCACAAACAUACCCAAACACAAUGGAGAACCAACAAAUUCUCAUGCUAAUCAUUUACACUACUUUCUUUUGUUUCAUGCCCACUUCCUCUACUAUCACUCCAAAUCAGUCCUUAAAAUAUCAUGAGACCCUUGUUUCUUCUGCAGGAACCUUUGAAGCUGGAUUUUUUGACUUUGGAAACUCAAGAAGACAAUAUUUUGGUAUAUGGUACAAGGGCAUAUCACCUAGGAUUAUUGUGUGGGUUGCCAACAGGAAUGUCCCAGCACAAAACUCAACAGCACUUCUGAAACUUACUCAUCAAGGACAUCUUGUCAUUCUUGAUGGCUCCGGAGGAAGAGUUUGGUCCUCCAACUCAUCAAAAAUUGCAGUGAAACCAGUUAUGCAGCUUUUAGAUUCAGGAAACCUUGUUGUCAAAGAUGGAGAGAGCUCAGAGAACUUCUUGUGGGAAAGCUUUGAUUAUCCUGGAGACACUUUCCUUGCAGGAAUGAAACUCAAAAGUGAUUUUGUUACUGGUCCNUAUCANUAUCUCACGUCNUGGAGGGACAANGAUGAUCCAGCUGAAGGUGANUUUUCUUAUNNGAUCGAUACAAAGGGCUUUCCUCANCAAGUUACUACANACNNAACUACAAUUUUNUACAGCACAGGGCCUUGGAAUGGCUAUCUUUUCAGUGGNGNUUCUUGGGANAGAAUGCACAGAUUCUUGAAUUUCUCUUUNGAGUUCACUNACAAAGGGGUUUCUUAUGGAUAUGAAACNUUAAACNGUUCANNNCUUAGNANAACAANGCUNANGCUCAAUNNAAGAGGGGNUNCAGAGCGUUUUCUAUGGUCAAACCAAAGACAAAGUUGGGAUAUUGUAAACAGUCAUCCAACAGAUCAGUGUGAAUAUUUUGCCACUUGUGGUGUCAACUCUAUCUGUAAUGUUAAUAAUCUUCCAAUAUGUGAAUGCUUGCAAGGUUUCACACCAAAGUUUCAAGCAAAGUGGGAUUCUCAUGAUUGGUCUGGNGGUUGUGUCAGAANAACAAAGUUAAGUUGUGAUNANGGAGAUUGGUUUAAGGAGUACACAGGAAUAAAACUGCCAGAAACGUCUUCUUCCUGGUUUGACAGGAGCUUGAGCCUUCAGGAAUGUGAGACAUUGUGUUUGAGAAAUUGCUCUUGUACUGCAUAUGCAAAUUCGGAUAUUAGAGAUGGUGGGAGUGGUUGUUUGCUUUGGUUCCAUGACAUUGUGGACAUGAGAACUCACACUGAUCAAGGGCAAGAAAUUCAUAUACGACUGCCAUUUUCUGAACGUGGUAAUUUCAUUUCCAUUUCCAUUUUAUGCCUUUUUCUACUUGUGAUUUUUCACUAUUUUCAUUCCUCAGAUCCAAGAAGGAGUAAGAGGUACCUAAAUCCGAAGAGACUUGCAGGGAUUGUAGUAGGACUCGUUACAUUCAUAGUUGGACUAACAAUUCUUGUGCGGGCGACUUCAAAACGUAUAAAAGGGAUGACGCAACCGAAGCCAGUGAAAAAAGCUAUUCCCUGGAAACACAUGAUGGAGAAGGAAAACAACAGCUUACCGAUAAUGUUUGAUUUUUCAACCAUUGAUAUUGCCACAAAUCAUUUUUCUAACACAAGCAAGUUAGGAGAAGGUGGUUUUGGAACAGUACACAAGGGAACGUUGAUAGAUGGACAAGAGAUUGCAGUGAAGAGACUUUCAAAAACUUCGAGACAGGGAACCGAUGAGUUCAAAAAUGAAGUAAAGUUGAUGGCAACACUUCAGCACCGUAAUCUUGUAAAACUUCUUGGUUGUUCUAUUCAACAAGAUGAGAAGUUGUUGAUCUAUGAAUUCAUGCCCAACAGAAGUUUGGAUUACUUUAUUUUUGAUACAAUUCGAGGCAAAUUACUAGAUUGGGAUAAGCGGUUGAAAAUUAUCGAUGGAAUUGCUAGGGGUCUUAUGUAUCUUCAUCAAGAUUCUAGACUUAGGAUAAUACAUAGAGACAUCAAAACAAGUAACAUUCUUCUUGAUGAUAAUAUGAUUCCAAAGAUAUCAGAUUUUGGAUUAGCAAGAAUAUUUGGAGUAGAUCAAGCUGAAGAAAAUACAAACAGAGUGAUGGGAACGCAUGGCUAUAUGCCUCCAGAAUAUGUAGUGCAUGGUUCUUUCUCAACCAAAUCUGAUGUUUUCAGUUUUGGCGUAAUUGUUAUUGAGAUAAUUAGUGGAAGGAAGAAUCGUGGAUUUCAUGACCCUCACCAUCAUCUUCUCAACCUUCUUGGCCAUGCGUGGAGAUUAUGGAAUGAAGAAAGGCCACUGGAGUUAAUGGAUGAGAUGUUAGAUGAUGGUGGAGACUUAUCUUUAGAAAUACUGCGGUAUAUUCAUGUGGGUCUGUUGUGUGUACAACAGAAUCCAGAAAAUAGGCCUAAUAUGUCCUCUAUUGUUCUAAUGUUAAAUGGUGAGAAGUUGCUACCGAAACCAAGCCAGCCUGGAUUCUAUAUAGGAAAAGAUAAUAUUGCUGACACUGAAUCUUCAAAGCAAUAUGAAAGGUGUUCAAUAAAUGAAGUUUCAAUUUCAUCCUUAGAUGCGCGAUAGAACAUGUUUCAAGUAAUGAUAUAUAGGAUGUCAUGUUGGUCAACAAAAUCUCAUUGGGACCACACAGUUUUUUCAAUGAUGUAACUUUGUUUGCGCAUGCCUUUUUUUACCUUCGAAGACUUUGAUGUAUGCCUCGUAGUGAUGGAGAUGUUAGUAGGUAGUGGUGUGUGUAACAUAGAAGACGACACACACUGCAUAAUUGAACUUUGUAAUUAUGUGUUUGUUUCAUUGAUAAAUA